AUGGAUGCUACAAUGCAUUUAUUUCGAGAGAAAUCAUCUAUAGGGCGACUGAAUUUAGCUCGUGUUGGUUUAUUGGACUGCAUUUUUGGCGUGCGACUCAAUGUUGAAUACAAAAAAAGUGGAGGCAUUCGCAAUCACCGUCCCACGAAUUCUCAAGGAAAUUCACACAAAAUCAAAUGGAAAAAUCUACUAUUGGCUCCGUACACUCUCGUCCAUGUUUUGGUGCCGCCUGACCUCAACAAAACAUGUUGUGAUUGUGGAGUGUAUGCGCUCAAAUAUAUCGAGUGUCAUUUUAUGGGGCUGUCCUUGGAUAUGUUGGAUGAUGUCAACAUUAAAGAUGCACGUCUGAGGAUUGCAGUUGAUCUAUGGAAAGCAGCAUUUGAUCCUGUAUUCAUUGACCGAAUGACAAAGUAUAAACCACCAAAGAUAAAUUCUGAAAUAAUAGAUAUUGCAUGA